AACUCCAACUGUAACUUAACUUCAAGUUCCUACUCGGCCGUUUUGGUCUCUUCAGCAUCCUACCACCACAGGACUGUUCCCCACCGUUUGACACUAGUGGUUCUGGGAGGCAAAGAGCCCUGACUAGGACCAGUGUGGAAGUGAUCAAAACUAUGGCUUCAGAGAAACUCAACAUACUGGACAAAAUGUCAGAAGGGGACAAAAAAUCCAUAAAUGAGCUGAACGGAGCAUAUGAGAGCGCAAGUAUGGUGGAAGUGAAGGAUGCAGCCAUCUGGCAGAGACCUCAAAAAAGACAUUUUCCUCAGGCUUAUCAAUGUGCCAUCACGGCAGUUAUUAAAGAGCCAAUUCCUAAAUCGGAUAGAUCCUCCUGGAUAGAACUCGCUCAUCAUAAGGAAAAAAGACACUUUCAACAGAAAAAUAAUGACAUCUUCGGGUGAUGCAUUUCCACAUAAACCACCUGCAUAAAGAUC